AUGGAUGGAGCCGACAUGUGGGAGCUUCAGUACUUUAUCGGCGUGCAACUUGUUGGAAGCGAUCAUGUUGAACCCCUCAGGAACCGACUCUCGGAGAACACUGAGAUACAAAGUGCCAAACUGGUCAAAGCUACAGCAGGGAAUGUGGAUGAAGCAGUCAGGGAGCUUCCUGAUGCCAACUUGAGACCAGAGGACCUGUGGGCGGUGCACUCACUAUCUGUUUUUCCAAAACCUCACAAACGGAAUAACUCUUCUUGGAAAGCUAUAGAAAAGAUUAUGGAAACCGGGGAGAAGAUUGGCUUGAAACACUUCAAGCCAGUAAAGCCUCUAGGGUGUGGGGACACUGGCAGUGUACACUUGGUUGAGUUGCAAGGUAGUGGUGAAUUAUUUGCGAUGAAGGCGAUGGACAAAUCAGUGAUGUUGAACCGCAACAAGGUGCACCGAGCUAUUAUUGAAAGAGAAAUAUACUCGCUAUUGGAUCAUCCUUUUCUUUCAACAUUGUAUACUUCAUUUCAGCCCGACCACCAACAGUCCGUCUCCAUGCAGCACCACCCCUCCUCAGAUCUGCCUCCUGCGACCACAUCCACGGCUGCCUCUUUACCCUAUGACCUUCUCACCCGUUGUCCUCCUCUCGAGUCUGUCGCCGCUCCCUCCUCAAGCUACGUGAACCCGCAGCAACAGGGCGACCAACGAGUACCCCACUCCCCGUUCUCCAUAUGA